GCGCUUUAUAUUAAACCUCCGAAAGGAAAUAUUGGUUUCAGCAAACUAUGCGAUUUUGUGAAAAGGAGGAUAAUUUUUCUUUCUUUUUUACAAAGAAAAUCCACACAAGAAAUAGCGCAUAGUAUUGAUCAAGAAAUAUUUGCCUCUUGCUCAGAAUGUCUGAUUGAAGACUCUUUGAAAGACAGAAUAUCACACUUUGUUCUCAGAUUGCUUUGUUCUACUGAUGCAGACAUGCGGAGCUUUUUCAUUCAAAGCGAAACAAAUUUAUUCAUUUAUCGCUUAGAAUUUUUUGAAUUAUCAGAUAUUAGGAAAAUCAUGAAGGAUGCAGUAAAAAAAUGCAUUGAAGUUUGUACUCAUUCUUUUAUCAUCAAACCUUACAGAAGUAUUCUAACAUCUUUAAUGAUGAUUGCUGAAGAUUUAAACAGUGGCUUUGAAAAAAAAUAUGUAAAAGUUCCAUUUGCAGCUGUUUUAAAAUUUGUUGAGGAACGCGCAUUUCCACUUAAAUUCGGAUAUGUUGAAGUACCUCUAGAUUCAUUAAAACACCUACUUGCUGUAGUUUUUGAAGAAAUUCUCACGCAAGGACUAAAUCAAAUCAGAGCCUCUGACUGUAUGCAAGAAUUAAGAGAUCCUCGAAUAUGGUAUAUGCAUAAAGAAAUUAAACGUUUAUUCAGAGCUAAUGUGAAAUCUUCUCUCUUGAUGUCAAAUAACACUCUAACAGAAAAAAAUUUGGAUAAAGAAAGUGAUAAUUUCCCAUUAUGCAUGGCCAAUUUACACAAUUUACUUCGUAGUAAUCAUAGACUACAGCACACUUCAAGAGUGCAAUACAUUCUCUACCUAAAAGAAAUUGGGGUUCCUUGCCAGGAAGUUAUUAAUUUGUUUAUGAAGGAAUAUUCGAUUCCUGUGGUUAAUAAACAAAUACGUAAUUCUAAGACUUGUGAUCAUUCUUGGGCUGAUAGCCAAAAUCGUUAUAUUUACAACAUAGAACAUUUAUAUGGCAAUAGAGGUUCAAGAAAAAACUAUAGAGCACAUACUUGUCAUGCUCUACAAAAUUCUGGGAACUCAUCUGAUGGUGGAUGUCCUUAUGCUUGCUUUGAUGAAAAGAAUUUAGAAAAGGUUUUGAGUUUGUGCUCUUUUGAGGUUAAAGACAUUGAAGAUAUAAAAUCAUUAUCUUCUGCAAAGAAAUAUACUAAGGCAUGUCAUUCUAAUCUCUUAAUGAAAAUAAAGAGCAUUUCCUCCAAUAUUCAAGUAGAUAAAGAAAAAAAUGUUGCACCAAAUUUUUCAAAAAAUUUGCCCUGUUCUGAAGACAACAAUAAGGUAUUAGUUCCAGCAUCUGCAUUAAACUCAAAUGGACAAGUCUGUCGUGACAGCCUUCUUUGUGAGUUAUCCAAACCAUCGGAUUUCUACUUUUUUAUAAAGAAUUUGAAAUUUUCUGCUAUAUGUUAUAGGUAAAUGGAAGUGUGUGUUAUUAAAAAUUGCAUUCUUUUGUAUAUUACACAUUUUAUUUUGCAUACUACGCCUCUGGUGUCACUGAAAUUGAUCCCAUUUAAACUUAUUUCAAGUGUUAUAGCAAAAUUAUUUCAGAAAGAAUGAAUGAUGAAUAGCAGAUAAUUUAACAUAAAAUGUUUCUCAACAUUUUUGAGACCCCUUUAUAGGUUUAUCAUUAUCUAGUUUCAAACUUAUAAAGCCAUUUUGAGUUGUAAAUUUUUUAUAUAAAAAGAAUUAUGUUGGGUUUGUAGUUCUAAUCUUAUUCACUCUGCUCUACUGAAAUUCAAUUUAAAUUAUACCAAAUUCCCAAUGUCUCUCUAUUUUGAUUCAGUGAGAAAGCAAAUUCAUCUUAGUGUGAGAAUCAAUAGAAAAGCAUGUAAAGAAUCCAAGGUCUCUUACUAAAUUAAUAGUUGCUUUUAUUAUAUCAAAUGUAAACAAGUAGUAAUUUUUUUAAAAAAUUUAUGUCAAUUCCUAGUUUCGCAAGAAUUGAACUCGCAUUCUUCACCAUGUGAAAAAUACUGAAAUCCUUGCAUUUUACCGAUUGAGCUACUGCCUGUUGAUUUCAAUUUUCAUUACAAACUGCUAAAACUCUAUUUAAAGUAUUAAAAAUUAAUUAAAUUUAAUAAUUAAUGAAUUAAUAUUUGAAAAAACUGUAUUAGCAUCAAGUGUCAUCCACUACAAGUUUUAAAAAAAUGUAUUUGAACUUGAGUGGAUGAAUAAAAAGUAUUUUAUUAACGACUGAAAAUUUGAACAAGAUAUAUAAAUAUAUAUAGGGAGAGUGUGAACUUAUAGUAGGAAUUGUAAAAAGGAAGGGAAUUGGAGAAUGGUGUUGCAGUUUGGAAAUGGCAAUAUUCAAAACUAUCAUCUUCCUUGAUUUUUAAAAUGAAUAAUUACAGAAUUGUAUAGAUUUUUAUGCAUCUUUUAUUUUUUCAUUACCAUCCUAUAUGCUGUCGGGGUCAUUAGAAUGAUGAUCGUUAGUGAGAAAUUUCUGUAUUGGGUAAACUUUGAAUAUAAGGAUGAGAGUUAGAAUGUUAAGUUUGAUAUAAUCGAAUAAAAGUCUGAAUAAUUUCCUUUUUUGUAAAAAGUUUGUUGAUCUAGAAAUGUUAUCUUUGUUUGAAAUUCUUUUGCAUAACAGAAAAAUCGCCUAAGCUAAAACUUCAAAGUUUCUUUGAUUUACUAGUGAAGAGAAUUUGCUCUUUUCAAGAUAAUUCUUUGAAAAUGUAUACAAGUAAUUUUUCCGAAUCAUUUCCAGUGUGAAGUAAAUUUUGUGUAUGUAUGACCCAAAUAGUUGUUGUUGCAUCAGAUUUAACAACUUGUUUGCAUGACUUUGUCAUUGAAUCAUAUUAUAAAAAAGAAUUAAUUUAAGUAAUAUAUACCUAUAUCAUGAAUCAGAUUUUGCAGUAUUAUACAUUUUAUUUAUGCACAAAAUAUGAAUUAUAUUAUAAAAUUUGGAACAAAAUAUAAAUAAGCAGUUACCAGAACUCCAGCUAAUAGAAUGAGAUGGCAAGAUUAAUAUUAUACGUUAUUUAGUUUUUUCUACAACGAAUGGGAAACCGCCAUUUAAUUCAUUCAUAUAUGUGCUAUGUCUGCAGAAAUGAAUAAUUUGAAUAAAAUCAGGACAGAAAUUUGAAAGUUUGUUUCAAACUGUCAUUAUUGUAAUCUCUACUUUUUUUUUAUUGCCCCUUCAUUUCGAAUUAACAGAUAUCUGGUCAAAUAAAAAAAAAAUAAUUCUAUCCAGCUCAUAUACAGUCAGUCUCAAAAUUGAGUAUACACUUGAAUGUAUAAAUUAAGUUUCUACUUAACAGACUAAAUUUUGCUUUAAAGAAAUUGUAUUUUUUUUAUGAAUGAUACUCGGAAUCAUCACCUACCACCACAUGAAGAAAAAAAUUAGGUAAAAAAAUUAUUUUUAUUUAAAAAUAAAUAAAUAAAGCACAUGAAAAAGAAUGCCACAAAAAUGAAUAUACAAUUUUAGUAAUUUUAUUAUAAUAAGUAAAUUAAUGUUUAGUUGCAAAACCUGCCUUGUAAUCGCUUAAGAAGGGAGGGAUAUGACCAGUUUUUUAGUUAUUUAAAGUGAAAUUUUGGCCCACUCUUCCCUUAAGAUUUUUGUCAAAUCCUCUUUAUUUGUCACUUCACGUUCAUAAAUGAAUUUCUCCAACUAAGACCAUAAAUUUUCUACAACAUUUAAGUCUAGAAAUCGGGAUGGGGUUUGUAGCUGUUACUUGCAGUGGUAUAACAAGUAUAACAUAAAAAUACUCGCAGUAUGCUUCAGAUUGUUGUCCUGCUGAAAGAUGACGAGGCUUGACACUAGUCCUAAUUUAUCGACACUUUUUGUACUUUUUGUAAGGUAUUCUUUAAAAUGUCAAGAUAUAAAAGUCUAUCAAUGAAAAAAAAAAAUCUUACUCCGUUUGUUGCCAUACAACACGAAACGAUGAUAGAUCUACCCCCAUACUUAAACAUCUUUAUUCUGUUCUUAUCCUAUUCUUUUCCAAUUUCCCUCCCAUAUAGAUUAAAUUUGGUUUCAUCAGAAAAAAUAGCACAGUUCCAGAACUAUUCCGGCUUUGAAAUAUAUUCUUUUGCAAAAUAGAGACUAUUUUUUCUGUUGACGCAACUAAUGAGUGGCUACAGUAUUGGAGUACGACCAUGAAAUCUUGCAUUAUGUAAAACACAUCUAACAGUUUCAGCUGUAAGUUGCUGAGUACAUCGAUGAGGCAAGUUCUAAAGUUUUUAAUUUUUCUUUACUGACAUAUAUUCUUCCUCUUUGCAGCAAUGCUUAAAAUUUCUUUACAUCCCCUUCCUGGAAUCUUGGCAAUAAAUCUAGUUCUACAAUACUUCUGUAUUAUUUUUUGGACACAACCAUGACUUUUCGCAAUCAACGAAGCUAUUUCUUGAAGAUAUUUGCUAUCUUUCGACCACUUAGUAACUAAACAAUGUACAUUAAAAGUUUCCCUCCUAGAAUUCAUUGCAAGGGUUUUUAUGAUGAAAAAAAUAAUUGCAUUAGUAAAGAAAUUAUAUUGCGCUUAUAUGCUUCGAGUGCAACUGUAGAAUGCUUUAAAGAAAAUUUUCAUCAGAAAAGUGGUGAUUAACUGUCAAAUUCUGUAGGUGUAUACUCAAUUUCGCGAUUUCAAAUUAUAUGUUUACCGUAAGAAAAUUGUUAUUAAAAUAUUCUGAAGACUUCAUAUUUGUUUUUUGAUGCAACAUAUUUCUUAAGAUACACUAUAAUGUUUUUGUAAAUAUUAAGCUGUAUUUUGUAUUACAUUGUUAUAACUUUAAAGAAGAGAGUGAGUGGUGUAUACUCAAUUUUGAGAUCCACUAUAUAUUAUCAUGUACCAAUACAUCAUUAGGAAAUAUAUUAUUUUUUGACUUAAUAUGAUGUAUUCUUCAUUAGAUGCCUUUGUUUAAAAUAUUACUGUAGAAAGUGUCAUUAGAAUUUUUUAAUGAGAGUAUGAAAAAAUGAUUUAAAAGUUUUCUAAAAUUCUUUGUUUUUAUCUUUAAUUAUAUAGUUCUUUAUGAUACUGUUCCUCUACGAUACUCGCAUACUGCUGAAAAAUACCUUUGUAUCAUUUAAUGUAUAUUUAUGAUUUUUAUGGAAAAAU